CGUCCGGCAAGAUGCACUUUUCACUUCAUCUACUGCGCUUAGCGUAGAUGACACGAGAAAGAACGUGUGACAUAAACAUACAUCGGUGUGAUAUAAUAAUAGCACGAAAGCACUAACAAUCUCCUAAGAAAGAUAAUAUCUGCUCAACAAAAAGAUGGCCAUAUCAUCGAUCAAUUCCUUUGCAGCCAGAUGGCUGCUCCUCUGCUUGAUCAUCCCAUUUUAUAGCGGAGCUGAAAGGUCAGAUUGGGUUUCUUACGAAAUUGACCCCGUGUAUUACCAAUUUCGACCAACACAACCAGAACCAGUUUCUUUGGAAGAACAGUUUCAUUCUAAUAUCCCAAAACCUCCACAGUACAACGUUUAUCAUCCUAAGUAUAAUUCAGUGCAGUCUCGAAUACCUUUGAAGGAGCGUCAUUCGGAAGGCAAUGUGAAACUAAAUGCGGCAAGAUCCAUGCCGGAAAACCAGCUAGGAGAAGUAUACAGAUCAUAUUAUUAUUCUCAGUCUGCUGAAAAUCGAGGGACUUCUAAAGAAGAAAGCGCUGCGCGAUUAGAGCGCGAAAAGACUCGAGAAAUAGACGAAGAAAUUAUGAAGAAAAUGAACAUGUUAGACAAAAUGUUGUCCGAGGAGAAUGACAUCGAAAAGAUUGAAAAGAACACAGUUGAAGAUGGAAUCAUCGCGGAAAUGAACAUCUCUGAAGAGACGAAAAGAGUUGUCAGGCAAGUUCGCAGGCGUCGGCCGGGAUUCUUCUGGACCCUGGCAAGACUUACUUUUGAGACGUACAACGAUACGCGAUCGGCGAUCCAACAAAUUAGUAAUAUCAUUAAUCAGAGCAUCGAACCGGAUCCGACUACACUACGGCCAGUCAGUAGUCAUCCGUUGAUAGCUGCCGAUGCGACAACAACAAUCGCACCGUCGAUUGAUCAAGGUAACACGUCCAGCGACGUGGCAGGUGUUAACGCAACGACGACAACUUCGACCACGCAGGCACCUUUCAGACUCACGCCAACCAACUUGCAAAAUUUGAUUAGAAGAAAUUUGCGUGGUUUAGUAAGGCUCUUCAAUAUCGAAUGGCAGGAUGCCCUGAAUCAAUCAGACGUAAAUGUAAGAGAAUUUCAAAAGGAUCUAGGGAAUCAAGUAGGCAGUUUUCUGCAGGAUAACCCAAACGCUUUUUAAACGUAACGAAGACAGCGAAGAAGAAUUAAAUAGAUGGUGAAGUAAACGUUAAGGCCAAAAAGUUCCAAACUGUGUAUAAUAUAGUGAUCUAUUUAUAAUAAGGCUAAAUUUUUUAAUUUAGCUAAAGAGUUUUAUCAGCCUCUGAAAAUAGUAUUUUAAUUUUUAAUAAUAUCUGCAUUUAA